AUGUCUAUUGCCACCCUCGAUACAUCCGAACAUCCCGGCUUCUCCACCUCUACUCAAACCCUGUUUGCCGCCAAAGCCGAGAAAGGGCUGAAUUUCGAGCAGAUCGCACAGUACAUUGGGCGAAAUGAAGUCGGGACCGCCGCUCUGUUCUACGGACAAGCCAAAGCACGGCCGGAGGAUAUCUCGAAGCUAUCCGAGCUCUUUCAAAUUCCCCACUCCGAGUUGGAAAAGCAGCUGAAUGGCUUCCCCCACCGUGGCAAGGCGGUCGAGAUGCCUCCGAGAGAGCCAUUGAUCUAUCGCUUAUAUGAAAUUAUCCAAACCUAUGGAUACGCGUACAAGGCUAUAUUGAACGAGAAAUUCGGUGACGGUAUCAUGAGCGGCGUCUCAUUUUCAACAAACGUAGAGAAGGAGACAGAUGAUGACGGAAGCAGCUGGGCUGUUAUCACUCUGCGGGGUAAAUGGUGA